AUGACUGGCCGUCGCCGCUUCAACUGCAUCCCCGCCAGCACGGAGCUGAAAAUGGGUCGGCAGAGCUACGCCGAGGUCCUGAAUUCGGAACGGGGGAAGAUCCUCUCGUCUUCGCAUCCGUUGAGUAUUGCUGUGGAUCGGGUCUUGAGGAGGUUGAUUCCGUAUGCGCCCAUCGAGGGGGCCGAAUGGAGGGUUCAUGUCAUUCAUGACGAUGAGAUGCAGAAUGCAUUCGUUUUGCCGGGAGGAAAAGUCUUCGUUUAUACAGGCAUCAUCCCUAUCUGUCAAGAUGAGGAUGGCCUGGCCGCCGUGCUGGGACAUGAGAUCGCUCACGUCGUGGCGCACCACCCGGCUGAACGAAUGAGCAAUUCCAUCAUCACCCUGGGAUUGGUAUUUCUCAUCUCCUCGCUGUUCGAUGUCUCGGGGCAGCUGCCCAAUUUGGUCUUGAAUCUUAUGUAUAGUCUGCCGAACUCGAGGACUCAAGAGGCUGAAGCAGAUCAUAUCGGGCUGAUGAUGAUGGCCAAGGCAUGUUUCAACCCCGAAGCAGCCGCGAAGUUGUGGAGCCGUAUGCAACAGGCAGAGAAGGCCGCGCCCCCUCAGUUCAUGUCGACACACCCAACGAGUUACAACCGCAUGGAAGCCAUUCGUGGAUGGUUACCACAAGCCGAGACUCAGUUUGAUGCCAGUGGGUGUGAAGUAGUCGGCCGAUACACUCCAAAAUUUCCCCGAACGGCAGCCAGCUUCAACGCUGUCGACAUCGCUUCUCCCCCUCCCACCACCGCAUCUGGUCUUUCUGCUGUUUACUUGUCGGUGGAACAGAUCAUCAUGUCGCUGUCGAUUCCCGGACCUUCCCAGGCGGGUCUUUUCAAGGCCGGAUACCAGAGCCACGAUGCCGAAGAUGGCGCCGUCAUCCGCAACAUCGAAGCCUGCCGCGCGAUCUCGCAGACCGUGCAAACCUCGCUGGGGCCCUAUGGCCGCAACAAGAUCGUCAUCAACCACCUGCAGAAGAUGGUGCUCACCUCCGACGCGGCGACCAUCCUGCGUGAGCUGGACGUCGUACACCCCGCCGCCAAGCUGCUGGUCAUGUCGAGCCAGCAGCAGGACUCCGAGAUGGGCGACGCAACUAACCUGGUCAUCAUCCUGGCGGGCGAGUUGCUCAAAAAGGCCGAGGAGUUGUUACGGUUGGGCCUGAAGACGAGCGAUAUCGUCCAGGGUUACGAGAAGGCGCAGAACUUUGCCUUGAAGACUUUAGAGGAUCUCGAGGUCGACCGCUUAAAGGAGCUUCGUUCCCAGACCGAGCUGAGCAAGGCGAUCCGCACCGUGGUUGCUAGUAAGCAGUCCGGCACUGAAGAUACCCUGGCCUCGUUGGUGGCCGAGGCGGUGCUCGCCGUCCUGCCCAAGAACCCGGUCAACUUUAACGUGGACAACGUGCGCGUGGUCAAGAUCAUGGGUGGCAGCUUGGAACAGUCCCGCGUGGUCAAGGGGAUGGUCUUUGGGCGGGAGCCGGAUGGAAUUGUCAAGAAGGCCCGCAAGGCCAAGGUUGGCGUCUUCAGCUGCCCGAUUGAUACCUCCCAGACAGAGACCAAGGGCACCGUGCUGCUCAAGAACGCCCAGGAGAUGCUCGACUUCACCAAGGGCGAGGAGGAGCGCCUCGAGAUGGCCAUCAAGGAGCUCUACGACUCUGGCCUCCGCGUCGUCGUUGCGGGCUCCACCAUCGGCGAGUUGGCCCUGCACUACCUCAACCGCUUCAACAUCCUGGUCAUCAAGAUCCUCUCCAAGUUCGAACUGCGCCGUCUCUGCCGUGUCGUUGGCGCUACCCCGCUGGCCCGUCUCGGAGCUCCCAUGCCCGACGAGAUGGGCAGCAUCGAUGUCGUCGAGACCACCGAGAUCGGCGGCGACCGCGUCACCGUCUUCCGUCAGGAGGACGUCAACGCCGUCACCCGCACGGCCACCAUCGUCCUCCGUGGCGCGACUCAGAACCAUCUCGAUGAUGUUGAGAGGGCUAUCGACGACGGUGUCAAUGUCGUCAAGGCGAUCACCAAGGACCCCCGUUUGGUGCCCGGCGCCGGCGCCACCGAGAUCCAGCUCGUCGAACGCAUCUCCGCCUUUGCCGACCGUACCCCCGGUCUGCCGCAGCAUGCCAUCCGCAAGUAUGCCGAAGCCUUUGAGGUUAUCCCCCGCACUUUAGCCGAAUCUGCUGGCCUAGACGCCACCGAGGUCCUGUCUCGUCUCUACACUGCUCACCACCGUGCGGCAGCGGAAUCAGGCAAUGAAGGAGAAGAAGAGGAGGAGGAGGAGGAGGAGGAGGAGGAGGAUGACGAGGACGAGGACGAGGGAGAGGGAGAAGAGGGAGAAGAAGAGGAAAGUUCUUCCGAUGAAGAAGAGCCGUACUGGACCACUGGCGUGGAUCUCGAGCUUGGCUCGACGUCGGGCACCUUGAACGCCGUCCAGGAAGGUAUCCUGGACCUACUGGCUUCCAAGAGCAGUGCUAUUCGACUCGCCAGCGAAGCCGCACGAACCGUCCUGAGCGUGGACCAGAUCAUUGUCGCCCGACAGGCUGGUGGUCCCAAACCCCCUGGACCCAACCCCAACUGGGAUGAGGAUUAG